CCUGGAGGGGCGGAGGCUGCGAGUCUCGGAACCGCGCCCAUCUCCUUCCUCUCCUCCCCGAGCCCUUGGAGCCAGUCGGGGGAAGCGGCAUGGAGGGGAGGGCUGCCGAGCCUUGGGACCUGGAGUUCGCGAUUCCGGGGGCGGCCGGAUGUGGACUGCACUUGCGGACGGCUCGCUGCAGUCUCGCCAAGCCGACUGCGGAUCUGCCAUCCGCCAGAAGCUCAGACAUGUGGGCCCCCAGCCGCCGGCAGCUCUGUCUGACCUUCCUGCUAGUCUGUGUUCUUUCAGCCGUCUUCUUCCUCCACAUCCACCGAGACCUCUUUCACAGUGGCCUGGACCUGACUGCCCUGUGUCCGGCCCGCCACCUGCUGACACCCCCUGUGGCCGUCUUCUGCCUGUCGGGCACGCCGAUGGCGCCCAACGCCUCCUUUCCCUGUCUCAAGCCCCCUGCCUCGCUCUCAGGAAUCUGGACCAUCUACCCAGAUGGCCGCUUCGGUAACCAGAUGGGGCAGUACGCCACUCUGCUGGCCCUGGCCCAGCUCAACGGUCGCCAGGCGUUCAUCCUGCCUGCCAUGCACGCCGCGCUCGCCCCCGUGUUCCGCAUCAGCCUGCCCGUGCUCGCCGCUGAGGUGGACAGCCGCACGCCGUGGCGGGAGCUACAGCUGCACGACUGGAUGUCGGAGGACUACGCACACUUGAAGGACGCCUUCCUGAAGCUUACGGGCUUCCCCUGCUCCUGGACCUUCUUCCACCAUCUCCGAGCCCAGAUCCGCCGGGAGUUCACCUUGCACGACCACCUACGGCAGGAGGCCCAGGGUCUCCUGAGCCAGCUCCGUUUAGGCCGCGCGGGGGACCGCCCUCGCACCUUCGUGGGGGUCCACGUGCGCCGUGGGGACUACCUGCAAGUCAUGCCCCAGUGCUGGAAGGGGGUGGUGGGCGAUCGCGCCUACCUCCAGCAGGCUAUGGACUGGUUCCGGGCCCGGCACGAAGCCCCCGUCUUUGUGGUUGUCAGCAAUGGCAUGGCCUGGUGUCGGGAGAACAUCGACACCUCCCGUGGGGACGUGAUCUUUGCUGGCGAUGGGCAGGAGGGCUCGCCGGGGAAGGACUUUGCGCUGCUCAUGCAGUGUAACCACACCAUCAUGACCAUUGGGACCUUCGGUUUCUGGGCCGCCUACCUGGCUGGUGGAGACACGGUCUACCUGGCCAACUUCACCCUGCCUGACUCCAACUUCCUGAAGAUCUUUAAGCCAGAGGCUGCCUUCCUGCCCGAGUGGGUGGGCAUUAAUGCCGACUUGUCUGCACUCCAGUCGCUGGCGGGGCUGUGAGCAGCAGGGAGACUUUCUGGAAUCGCUGAUCAGUCUUGGGGCGGCAUGUAUCUGGCAGCUUCUGGGGA